CCAGCCUUGCACGCCACGGUAGCUCCAAGCAGUGCUCAUCACGGACCCGAGUCCUCUGCGUCUUGCGAUGGACGAUGACAACCGGUACGAGAGUGACGACGACGACGGCCACUUCCUGGACUCGGACUUCAGUUCCGAGGAGGACCAGAGCGUGGACAUCGUCUCCACGGAGCAGGAGGAGCGGAAGGCGCAGAGGUGCGAUGACGACGGCGGCGCCAACAAGUUCUCGAUCGACAGGAUCCUGGGGCUGAGCAGGAAGUGCAAGGACGACAAGUGCGACGAAGGGAAGGUGGGCAAGGAGGUGAAGUUCAUUAAGCCGACGCCGCUGCCGGCGGCACCACGUGCAGGUAUAUACCAAUCCGUGAUAGAUCUCCAACAGUACGCAAGGCCCGACCCCACUCCGCCCGACCCGGGCCUGCUAGACUUCUUAUCCAACGCAAAAGUGUCAAGCAACCAAAGCUCCGAAUCUUCCUAUCUCCCCUACCACUUGCACCCAGGAACCAGCUCGUCCUCGUUUAUAUACACAAACUGGUUGAGCACGACAGGGGACCACAAAAAUUCUAGUCACAUUUUUGGCCUCCAGGCCCCCAAGCCCAGCAACCGCCGCUCCCGGAAACCCGGCCUGGACCGCAAGCCCCGCCAAGCUUACAGCGCCAAGCAGCUCGAGCGACUCGAAAGCGAAUUCAAAGUCGACAAGUACUUGAGCGUCAGCAAAAGAAUGGAAUUAUCCAAAGCCCUAAACCUAACCGAAGUCCAAAUCAAAACGUGGUUCCAAAACAGGCGAACGAAGUGGAAGAAGCAGCUAACCACCCGACUGAAGAUGGCGCAGCGACAGGGCCUCUUCCCGCCGCACUACUUCGCCCCAGCCACCCAACAGUAUUCUGCCCUCUUCACACCGUACUACUCGUCCCUGGGCUGCGUCUUCGGCGUGCCCACGAUAGAGGACGCCAGCGGACACGUCGCCGGAACGGACACGGCCCGGCGGACGUCCACACUGUCCACCACUUGAGCCCGAACGUUGUAUGAUAAGUUGUUGGAUGUUGAUGUAUAUUUGUAUUUAUUGAAAUAAAGUUAGCACUGAAAAUGGUUGUACAGA